AUGGAACAGAGCCCUAAAAGACGCAAAGUCUCUCAUCUGGGCGGCUCCAGAAGUUCUGUUCAUAUUGCGACGGCAAGCCCUUUUGUCCUACAGACCGACGAACUUCUGAAGGAAGUCAAGGUUGACUACACAAAGGCCUUGGACGGUGCGGACAGCCUUCUGCAUAAGCUGAAGACCCUGAUUGACGGUAUUGAGUCUCAUGGUCCUGUUCCGAUCAACGAAGCCACGCGCAAGUUCCAAAAAACACAUCGCAUCAAGAUUCCCUACCCCGAUCCGAGGCCCGCCGAUGAUGCGCCAUACAAGCUGUCUUACGAAAAGCCCUCGGCCUACAAUGUCGUUGGCAGCUAUGUUUCGAAGAGCAUGGUCAAGGCCCAAACUGACAAGGGUAUAGACAUGGUCGUCCAAAUGCCCGCUUCGCUCUUCCAAGAAAAAGAUCACCAAAACAUGCGGUACUUCUACCGGAGAGCGUACUACAUUGCUAACAUCGCGGCCAAUCUGCGCAAAGGAUUGGGUACGUCUGCUGAGCUGGAGUUUGAAUACCUGAACGGAAACGCCCUUUUGCCCAUUCUCUCUAUCAAAGCUACCAAGGCUCCUGAAAAGGAUAGCGAAGGGAAGAAGCAACCUCAUGGAGGUUACGUGGUUCGAAUCAUUCCGUGUGCGCCGGAGGGCGUUUUCCCCAAGACGAAAUUGCACCCAGCUGCAAACAGCAACCGAAACGGAUCGCCGGAGAAUGCAAAAGACGUGAGCGCUGCUACACCCUUUUACAACUCGACUCUCAAAGCUGAAGAUACAUUCAUAACUUAUCUUCGUCUCCUCACGCGGGCUAAGACAGAAUGCUCUGCCUUCACAGAUGCAUGCAUACUGGGAAGAAUUUGGCUCCAGCAGCGAGGUUUGGGCAGUUCCCUGGCUCGAGGUGGUUUUGGCCACUUUGAAUGGGCAGUCAUGAUGGCACUCUUGUUACAAACAGGCGGGCGGAAUGGCCAGCCGGCUCUGUCUUCGGCGUUAAGCAGUACAGAGUUAUUCAAGGCCACCGUACAGUUCCUCGCCUCUACCGAGUUCUCGAAGCGCCCUUUUGUAUUUGGAACCUACAAGCUGGGAAGCGAUGUCAUUCGUGAGAGCGGACCCGUCAUGUUUGACCCCGACCGUGAGCUCAACAUUUUGUACAAGAUGAGCCCUUGGUCUGCGAGCAUGCUCCACUUCCAUGCUUGCACAACCAUGGAAUUGCUCAACGAUCCUUUAGCCAGUCAGUUUGAACCGACCUUCAUUACUAAAGCCGACAUGCCUCUACAGCUGUUCGACGCCAUUUUUGAGAUUCGCAACGUCGACAGUCACUCAAAGAGCAACAGCCUAGACCGACGUGGGGCUGUGUGGGACCUUAGCUUCAAGGCGAACACAGUGCUUAAGAAGGCUCUCAAGGAUAGGUCGCAAUUAAUACAUUUCCAAAGUCAAGACCCGGCACCAUGGGCUGUCUCCGAAAACCAACCUCGAAAUCUUGCGAACAUUCAGGUUGGCAUUAUCUUCGACCCCGCGAAUAUGGGUCGGCUAAUGGAGUAUGGUCCCUCGGCUGAGCUCGAGAAGGAGGCAGCUAAAUUCCGCAAGUUCUGGGGUGACAAGGCUGAGUUGCGACGCUUUCAAGACGGCAGCAUUCUCGAAUGUGUGCAGUGGACGAAUAAGACCGCGGCAGGUAUUUGCGAAGAGAUCGUUCGAUACACACUUCAGCGUCAUUUGAGUCUGGGCCCUGGGGAUCUCCGAUUCCAUGACGCUGAACUUCCCUCGUCUUUGGAUAUCUCACCUCUCGAUAAGGACGCUUUUGAGGCAGCUAGAAAAGCUUUUCGGACUCUGGAGUCGGAUAUUCGUGGCCUUGAAGACAUGCCACUUUCAGUUAGGCAAUUGUCGCCUGUUGUCCCUGAACUUCGAUCCUCAUCAAUCACACCGCCGUUCACCGCUUCCCAGAAAACCCCUCCGCCUAUGGAUGUUAACUUGUACUUUGAGGCGUCCAGUAAAUGGCCAGAGAACCUCGUCGCGAUACAGAAAACGAAGAUUGAGUUUUUGCUUGACAUCGACAGAAGACUAAAGGCUGUCAACGACAAUAUCACAACUAGCUUGGGCCGUGAAAACGCAGUGCGAGACAUUGACAACCUCGCAUACCUAGAUAUUAUCUACGAAACUGGUGCUGCUUUCCGACUGAGAAUUUUCGCCGAGUUGGAAGAGACGCUUCUGGACAGACAAGCUAAGAACAAGACUCUUGAGCCGCAAAUCAGAGCAGAGGCUGAGGAAGCUCUCUUCGACCUCAACUGGCGGUACAAGCAUCUGCCUCUGCAUACGCAGACAAUCACGACUUAUUGCACCCGUUUCUCAAUGCUGUCCACCACAAUCCGACUCGUCAAACACUGGUUCAACGCCCAUAAACUCACCGGUCAUAUGAGCGAGGAACUCAUCGAACUCCUCGUCCUGCAUGUUUUCCUCCAACCGUAUCCUUGGAAGACACCUUCCAGCGCCAUGUCUGGCUUCUUGCGGACCAUUCUUUUCCUUUCCAGGUGGGACUGGCGUGACGAACCUAUUGUCGUCGACUCGUCGGACGACAUGUCUGCUGAUGAUCGUUCCGUUGUUCAAAAACACCUUGAGGCCUGGCGUGCCCGUGACCCCAACAUGAACCACGCUGUGCUAUUUGUCGCCACUCCCCACGACCAUACUGGGUUAGCUUACACCCGUCACAGCCCUUCCAAGUUGAUAGCAACCCGAAUGACGCGCCUCACAAAGGCGGCAAGCAAGCUCGUCAGAGAACAAGGGAUUGCCCUCGAUGUCGCGCUACUUUUUGAGCCGUCACUCGAAGAUUAUGACGUCCUUAUCCACUUGUCGACCUCCGCUCUUAAACGCGUUGUGCGUGAUGCAGCAUCUGAGGCAGGUACACGCCAUUCGCUCUUCAAGAACCUCGAUGAGCGUACUGGCAAAGUGCCCCUGCCAUUGAGCAGACUUCCGGCUCCGGUUUUGUUGCAAGAAUUGGAAACGGCUUAUGAAGAUACGCUUAUUUUCUUCCAUGGCGUGCCUGAAGAUACCGUCAUCGGCGCCAUAUGGCAGCCUAAGUUGCGUAAACAGAAUUUCCGCGUUGGUUUGCCUUACAACUUCCGCCAGGCGGGAGAGGAUGAUAGUGAUGUAGUAGAGGUAAACAAACCGGCUGUCUUGCUAGAGAUCGCAAGAAUCGGGGGUGAUCUGAUCAAGAGGAUCGAAGAGAUAUCAUAG